AUGUCUUUUGAGCAAUUGGGUAUCGAUGGGUGGCUCGUGGAAGCCCUUAGAGCUAUGUCAAUUAAAUACCCUACUGAAAUACAAAGUGCAUGCAUUCCUCCUAUACUGGCAGGAAGAAACUGUAUUGGAGGCGCCAAUACGGGAUCUGGUAAGACAUUGGCAUUUGCAUUGCCCAUACUUCAGAAAUUGUCUGAGGAUCCAUAUGGCAUAUUUGCACUAGUAUUAACGCCUACGAGAGAAUUAGCGUUUCAAAUAGCUGAUCAAUUUCGUGUUCUUGGAAAGACUACCAAUCUGAAGGAAUGUAUUGUCGUCGGCGGGAUGAAUAUGAUUGAGCAGGCGAUAGAGCUAUCGCGGCGUCCUCAUGUUGUAAUAUCUACACCUGGUCGAUUAGUUGAUCACAUAAGAAACAGCAGCGAUUCGGUUUAUUUGAAAAAAAUACGCUUUCUGAUCCUUGAUGAAGCUGACCGUCUCUUAUCCCCCACGUUUUCUAAUGACUUGUCCAUAAUAUUUGACAACGUUCCAACAACAAGGCAGACACUGCUAUUUACUGCUACGAUGACAGAUAGCAUCCUUGCACUAGGAAGUGAAGAGGACGAGACGAAGAAGCCAUUUGUGCAUCAAGUUAAUUCAAAUAUGUCCACCGUAUCAUCAUUGACACAGUACUACGUGUUUAUCCCAUCCCACGUACGUGAGCCAUACCUGGUAUAUCUGCUAAAUCGAGAAGAACUAAACGGAAAGUCGACCAUCAUAUUCUGUGGCAGAUGCAGAACAGCCGAGUUGCUGAGAGUGAUGCUCUCUAAAUUAGAUAUAAGAUGUGCAAGCCUGCAUUCAGUAAUGAGUCAGAAAGAGCGACUAAACAGUCUUGGCAAAUUCAGAGCUGAAGCAGUCAAAGUGUUAAUAGCUACCGAUGUUGGUAGUCGUGGUCUCGACAUUCCAACGGUACAGUUAGUUAUCAAUUAUAAUAUUCCAAGCGAUUCAACUGAUUAUAUACAUCGUGUCGGAAGAGCAGCUCGAGCAGGACGUGAUGGUACCUCUAUAUCAUUUGUUACUGAGCAGGACAUUGAACUUGUGCAUAAAAUUGAAUCACGCAUAACAGAUAAGAAAAUGGAUGAGUGGGAAGUAAAUGAAAAUAAAGUAUUGGAUAUGUUGAACAAAGUGGCCGAUGCCAAGCGUGCUGCUACAAUGCAUCUUCACGAUUCACACUUUGGAUCAGCAAAAGAAAUUCAAAAGAAAAAGCAUAGACUACUGAAUGGAACUGUUGCGAAAAAGAAUGUUGGUAGCCGCAGGAAAAAAAUAAGAGACGAGAAAGAUAAUAAAGUGUCAAGUUAA